GUCACCAGAAUCAUAACUGUAAUGGUUCGUUGUGUGGGGAGUGUGUAUAUCCACGUGGAUUCAUAGUUGACAGAAAUUAAUCCAUUAUCGCCCAUAGAAUAACAAUUAUGUCCAAAGGAGACUUACUGGAGUUCCACAGACGAGCUGUGCUCGCGGAGAAUGAGAUUGAGGCCUUGAAGAAGGAGAUUGAAGUGCUGAAGACUCUGCUGAAGCCUCAGGUUUCGCCCCCUGAUGAAUUAACUCAACUCCAGCAGGAGAAUACGAAGCUUAAGCACCGGGUGGCUGUUCUCACACGGUACGUCAAUUCAUUGAGAGAAAAAGAAGCCCAGCUAGACAAACCCAGUGAGGAAAUGGUAAGUAUUUAUGACAACCUGGAGAAGCUCUUCCUCGAGGCAAUCAACAAGACCUACCCCGACGUCGUCGACCCACCAGUUGUCAUCACGCAGUCCAAAGAUGCUAAGUUCGGAGAUUAUCAAUGUAACAGCGCUAUGGCUCUGUCAAAAUUACUCGCAGGUCAAGGUACAAAAGUUGCGCCUAGAGACGUUGCCAACGCAGUUCUGCCGAACGUCUCUCCCUCCCCACUCGUAGAAAAAUUAGAAAUUGCAGGCCCAGGCUUCAUAAACAUCUUUUUAAAACGAGACUUCGGAUUACAAUCCCUCAAGACUCUGCUGAAGGCCGGCAGAGUGCCGCCCCCAGCAGUUAACAAGCAGAAGAUAAUUGUGGACUUCUCGAGUCCAAAUAUCGCCAAGGAGAUGCACGUGGGUCACCUGAGAUCCACAAUUAUCGGGGAGAGUAUCGCCAGGCUCCUAGAGUACCUGGGGCACGAUGUACUGAGGUUAAAUCACGUGGGUGACUGGGGAACCCAAUUCGGAAUGCUGAUAGCCCAUCUCCAGGACAAAUUCCCAGACUAUUUAUCAGUAUCCCCACCAAUUUCCGAUCUCCAGAGUUUCUACAAAGAAUCCAAGGCUCGUUUCGACACAGACGAGGAGUUCAAGAAACGAGCGUAUGCCUGCGUUGUGAAGCUCCAAGCUUUCGAGCCAGACAUAACAAAAGCCUGGAACAUGAUAUGCGAUGUCUCCAGGAAGGAGUUUGAUAAAUUGUACAAACGACUGAAUGUCAAGCUCAUCGAAAGGGGAGAGUCCUUCUACCAGAAGAUGAUGGAGGAGAUCGUUAAGGAUUUUGAGGCUAGGGGGCUCCUGGAGGAGGACGAGGGAAGAAAAAUAAUGUGGGGGGAGAAACCGAACACGGGCAUUCCUCUGACGAUGGUCAAGUCCGAUGGGGGCUUCACGUACGACACCUCGGACAUGGCGACGCUGAAGCAUCGACUAGAGGUUGAAAAGGGAGACUGGAUCAUCUAUGUCACCGAUGCUGGACAGGCUGUGCAUUUUCAAAUGCUCGAAACGUGUGGAAAGCGAGCUGGAAUACUCAAAGAUCAAAGAUUCAGUCAUGUACCAUUUGGAGUAGUUCUUGGUGAGGACAAAAAAAAAUUCAAGACUAGGUCAGGUGAUACAGUAAAAUUACUGGAUCUCCUUGAUGAAGGGCUGAAGAAGGCUCUGGAUACCCUCAAGGCGAAGGGACGUGACAAGGAGCUCAGCCCUGAGGAAUUGAAAGCGACGCAGGAGGCAGUGGCUUACGGUUGCAUAAAAUAUGCCGAUUUAUCUCACAAUCGUAAUCACGAGUACAUCUUCUCGUUUGAUAAGAUGUUGGAGGACAAGGGUAACACUGCUGUGUACCUUCUGUAUCAGUUAACAAGGAUCAGGUCCAUAGCGAGAGCUGCCAACAUCACCCCCGAGCAGGUGAAGAAGGCCAUCGAGACGACUCCCCUGACGCUUGACCACGAGAAGGAGUGGAAAUUGGCGAAAGUACUACUUAAGUUUCCUGAUGUUCUCCUCAAAAUUACGAAAGACCUGUACCUUCACCCUCUUUGCGAAUUUUGUUAUGAAAUAUCGUGUGCUUUCUCGGAAUUUUAUGAUAACUGCUACUGCGUGGAGAAGAAUAAUGCUGGGGAGAUCGUUAAAAUCAAUAUGGGGAGGAUUCUGUUGGCCGAGGCGACAGCUCUCCUCCUUGAGCAGUGUUUCUUUAUUCUUGGCUUGAAACCUGUAGCUCGUAUGUGAUUUUUUUGUGGCUUUGGAGAAAUAAAAAUGCAAAAUGCUUUAAUGAUUUGCUCGCUCUUUUAUUCCGUUGGAAAAUCGUCAGACGGAAGUCUAGGGACUGAGAGACGUUGGAGAAAUGUGGAAAAAAUACUCUAACACUAUUGAUUGGAAAUAAAAUUAUAGAAAUUUAUCGUACAAUAAAAGAUUAUUUCUUUUCA